AUGACACUUUGUCUUUUACAUUUAAUUUUAUUCCUGAAGAAAGAUGGAAAUACUUUACAAAAUACACAUUUAAUUGAUAUUUUAAUGAAAAGGGAAACAGGCAAAAUUAUGAAUUCAAAACAUUUAGAGUAUAUGUCGCCAAAAUAUCAAAAUCGAUAUAUAUGGGAUUCAUCUGCCUUAGCUAGUAAAUAUAAUGUUCAAGUAAUUAUCUUAAGAAAUUCAUUUAAAAGAAGAGAAAAUAAUAUUUUUGAAAAAGAUAUUGAAAAAGCUUUAAAUAAUUUUAAAAAAAAACUUGAUGGUUCUGUAAAAUUAUCUAUAACAAUUGAAAAUCUUUAUGGAAUUAAUAUUGAUAAUUUUUUGGAAACAGAUAUAACUGGUAAAAAAUUUAUAAAAAUUGGUAGUAAUGUUGAAAAUUUAAUGACAACCAUUGAUCAACAAUUAUCAGGAACAUUAUCUAUUGAUCCUCAACUUAAAUUAGUACUCCUAGAAAAUAGUGGAAAUUUUGUAUUUAUUAAUGAAGAAGGUGAUGAUGAAAAUGGUAUUAUUGCAGCUGGUUGGGGUUCUUUAUUAUCAUUUACAACAUCUAUCUUGUCUAAUAAUGAUAAUGAUGAAUAUGAUAUUCAAUUAAAACAAGUAACAUCAUUUUUAUUUGGAUCAUUAAAAACUUUACUUGGAAUACAUAGUGAUUUACUUUCUAUAUAUCAAAAAACAAAAACUCCAUUAUCUGAUUGGGAAAUUCAAAAAUUUAAAUUAAGAUUUUUUAUAGAUAAAGUUCUUUCAACAAUACAUAAUAUUAAAUCAACUCAUGCACUUAUAUUAAAAGUUGAAAAUAUGGAAAUAUCUGAAAAUGUUGCAAAUAAAAUGAAUGAGGCAAUAUAUUUACUUAAGAAAUCACUAAGUGAUUUUGAAAGAACAGGAAUAAUCAAGUUAGAUGAUAUAACAGUAGCAGCAGAAUUGUCAGAGAGUGUUGCCUCUGAUCCAUCAUUAGUUUCACUAUUAUAUUUUCCAUCUGAUCAAAAAAUUGGUGUUUACCUUCCAAUAGCUUUACCUGCAAUAUUCCCAGUCCUCCUUUCAUCUUAUAGUUUUUAUGUAGAUUGGAAGAAAAAUAAAAAAUAA